AUGUCCGCCCCCAUCCCCAUCCUUGUUGUCUCACUCGCGCCCAAUGCCCCCGUGGAAGCCCUGUCCAAGGCACUGGCGGCCGCAGGUGUGGCUCCCGCCGCCGCCGUCCUCCUCUACUCAUCGGCAGACUACGAGUCGUACGCCGCUCUCCGCGCCUACUACCGCGCCCUCCUCCUCGCCCUGCCCUCGGUCCCAGGCAAGUGCAUUGCCGUCGUUGCCACACACUACGAUGCGCCUGAAAAGGCCCUCGCCGCGCCGGCCUUUCAUCGCGCCCACCGCCUCGCCCACUGGAACGUCUCGCUGGCCACGGGCUACAACGCAGAGCUCCCACUGCGCUUCCUCCUCGCCACACGCCUCGCUCUCCCGCACGACACCCCGCUUGUUCUCUACUCGCUCGGCGACAAGGUCUUUGUCUCAGAGGACGCCAUCGCGGCUGCAAACGCCUCCGCCAACGACGACAAUGCCGACGGCGCUGAUGGUGCAAGCAGCGCCGCCGAGCUCGCCGUCCGCCGCAAGCGCCACGGCUACCGCGCAGCCUCGCUCGCCGCUCGUCCGCGCGCCGCGCCGACCGAUCCCGACGUCGUCAUUUGUGAGCUUCCGCCGUGCGAGUGCGGCGAGUUGCCGCUGUUGCUGCGGUCGGCCAAGUCAAGGCCCGACCAUCCGAACCACGGCCGCCCGUACUGGGCCUGCGCCAACGACGACGAGUGGUCGUGCUGCGGCCUCUUUGUUUGGGCUGAUCUCCCGCUCGAGAGCCAAGGCGAUGCCCGCGACCUGGUCUCCUCAGUCUGCUGCCGCGUCCACGGCCUCCCCACCCUCCGCCGCCGCAUCACCCGCCACACCGCCAACCACGGCCGCAUCUUUCUCGUCUGCUCGGCCCGCCAGCGCUGCGACUUUUUCCAGUGGGCCGACAAGCCGCGCUUCAAGUUUACCCGCUGGCGCCCGCCCUCGCUCCGCACACCUUACGUCCGUGCGCCACCCAUCGAGCCGCCGCGUUCGGCUGCCGCGCCUGGCACCACAUCCGCGCAGGUCUCGGGCCUUGACCUCCUUCGCGCCGAGCGCGAGAUCCACCGCCUCCGCCUCGCCGGCGCGCUGACGCCCGACAAUGCUUCGGGUCUCCUCGCCACCCUCGACUCGCCCGACGCCCUCCUCACCGCCGCCGUCGUCUCCGUCCUCAACGCCAACGCUGACGAGGCUGCUACGCUCCUGCCAACGACCGCGGCCUCGCCGCAUACGGUCUCGACUCGGCAAACGACGUCGCCCUCCUCACCUCGCUCAUGA